CAUACAAAGACAUAAGACAGAAGAGAAGAAAAAAGGAUGGGGUGGGUAUGAGUGGAUAUGAAUGGUAUGAUUUUUUUCCCCAAGAUGCAGAGAAAAAACACACGCAGACACAUCUAGAAAGAAAUUAUUCAUCAUUUUGUGUCUCUUUUAAUAUGGGUGUUUUCUCCCUGUGAAGGAUGGCUGGGGGACCCAAAGCCCAUUGUUGUACUAUGUAAAAGUAUAAAGUGAAAUGAAAAACUGUGACUGAUUAUCAUUCAUUAUCAUUUGUCAAGGGCCAGCCACAAAAUGAUGAACCCUCUGAAAUUGGUUGUUAUAAAUAGAAAGGAAAACACACUCAUGUAGUUCAUCUGUGUUCUUGUUGCCCUUUUCAGAUUAAUGAGUAGAUGGUUUAAAGUUGAUGUACAGUCACAGCUGUGACCACAAAAGUACAGACGUAGCUGGUUGGUAGAGGGAGUUCCUACAUUCCUGAUGUCAACUGUGUGCCUGAUGAUAAUUUUUCAAAGCUGUAGACUGAGAUGUGCAGAGAGCUCUGUGUAGCAACAUGCAAAAGGGAUAGAGAUGGUAGAGGAAUUAUUUAAACAAGCUCCUUCAAAUUAGCACAAAAAUACUUAUUUAAGAAAACAAGUAUAAAAUAUUAUUAUAAUUAUAAUAUUAUUAAAAUAUUAUUUCAUGUGCUUCAGUUAAGUUCAGUUAACUAACCUUCUUCCUUGUCUCACUGGCAAUUCCUAGCUCCUGUGCCAGAAAAUUCAGGACAUGCCCCACAUGUAUCUAACAUUCUAGUUUUGGGGUUUUGACACCCUGGGUAAGUGUUGUGCACCUUCUGGGCCACUAGAGAGCAGGGCAACACUGUUCAAGGUUAUGAUUGGUUUGGUACAUAGAAGGCUGACUGUUGGGGGCACAAUGCACCAGGUUUGACCUGAUUACUGCACAGAAAAUGACAGUUCUUGUUGUUGGAGUGCCUCCAUGGAUACAAAUUUAAUUAAUCACGGAAAGCAAAGUAAGCUAGCAUAUAUCAAUAAGUACAUUUACCAUUAAUAACAUUAAUCCAAUCAUCAAUAACCAACAACACAUUAAUUAGAGUUACAUUUUAAGUGUUGGCUGUAGAAUCUUUGAACAGCAGGCAAUGGUCAUCAAGGAGUAUACUAGUUAUUAUUAGUUCUACUACUCCUACUGUCACAGCUGCUAGUACAGGUGCUAUUGUCACCACUAAUGCUAACACAACCAUACUGCUACAAACCAGAACAUGCCUCUCUGGGCUGUGGUAAGCUAAUGUGUAUGGCGUCAUUCAGAGAUUUUUGUGUGACUAUGUAGCACCUGAGUGUUAUUAGUUUUAUUCAUUUAAGAUGUCACUUAAGAAUAUACAGGCAUUUUUAGUUGCUGUCAGAGUGAGUGUAAUUACACCCGCCAGUAGGGGGCAGAGAAAAACAAUCUGUGGUGAAUUGCUGCCAGCCUAGAAGAAGGAGGAUACGUUUUCUUUUUUCUCUUCUUGGAGUUGUGAGUGAGCGCCCAGAGAGAGAGUGUGUGUGUGCCCGACCGAGUUUCGACAGUUUGCUAUAUGUUGCCAUUAGUGCCUGCUGGAGAAGAAUAAAAGUGAACGUUUUCUCUACACCAAUACCGUCGCAGCCUGAGUGGUGUAACAAUUUGGAGGUUCCACCGAGAUAACGACGAAUGUUACUUCACAGCAGAGGACUUUUUCAACUCCGGGAAAAAACAGUAACGUCGGACAGGUGUGAGAGUAGCGCCAACUGCGUGAGCUAACGUUAGCUACAGUUGAAGUUUAGCUAGUACGACAUCGUCUUGUUUUGUUGUUUUUCCAAGUGUCGACGAUUCAGCAACGUGAUAAGCAAAAUGUCGGAGCACCGAGAAGAGUUCCUUUUGGAAAUAGAGGCUAAACUGUUUGGACUGACUGUGAAAGAGCUGCACCGAGUGUGUGAGUACUGUAAAAUUGCGGGAAAAGACUCGGAGGACAUUAAGAAUAAAACUCGCCGCGCACUCGUUAAGCACAUUGUAAAGUUUUGUGAACGUGAAGAGUUUCUGGAGAGGGAAGACGAAGGCAUGUCUGUGCUUUUGGAGCUAAACGACACACUCGAGGCCCUGCGGGAGCACCCAGCGGAGACCGACGACGCGGGAGCGGCGCCACUCUUCUCUUCACCUGCGGCCGAGGAGGCGGAGGAGGAGACGGUUCGUUCGGCUCAGCCUGUGUCGGGGCGACAACACGGAGACUGCACACGGGUUCUGCCACCACCAGCGACACCGGUGACCCGCGAGGUGACGCAGGACGAGGGGGCUCAAAACAGAGGCAGAAACUCCAUCAGCAACAACUGCUGGCCUUCAAAUGGAUUUAGAAAAGACUUCAGGAUAAAUGGACAUGUUGCUAAACUGAAUGCGACCGGACAUCGCUGGGUGUCUGAGCUUGCCGACUUCAACAUCACACUGAAGUACCGUCCAGGAAAAAUAAAUACGGACGCAGAUUUCCUGUCCUGCACACCUGUAAGUAUGGACUCAUACAUGAGCGAGUGUACAGAGCAGUGCUCUCCUGAAGUGUUAAGUGCGAUAUUCGGCUCAGUCGAAACACAAAAACAACAUGAAAUGGACUGGAUUUCAGCCAUUACCUGCAGCCCACAUGUUCAGGACUUCGCUGCAGACAACCAGCCAGACAUAAAAGUAACACAGCAAGAGUUACUACAAGCACAGUCUCAAGAUCCUGUUAUAUCCCAUGUACUCCAACUGAAAGCAUCUGGAGUAAAGCCAGACAGAAGGAUCAUGGGUAUGGAAACAAAUAAAACCAAGCAACUCUUACAUGAAUGGAAAAGACUGUAUGUUUCUGAAGAGGGUCUGUUGAAGCGUAAAACAGCAACUUGUACUCAAAUUGUGCUUCCAGAAAAGUACAAAGCAGUUGUGUAUAAGUACCUUCAUUGUGAAAUGGGACACCUUGGGGGUUGAACGUGUAGUACACCUGGCUAGACAGAGGUUUUAUUGGCCUGGUAUGCAAAAAGACAUUGAGUUUUUUAUCACCCAAGUUUGUAAAUGCAACAUUCAGAAAAAACCUACUGUACAUACCAGGGCCCCUAUGUGUCAUGUACCUACAACAGCACCGUUUGAAAUUGUCUCUAUAGACUAUCUUCACCUUGAAAAAAGCAGGGGAGGGUAUGAGUAUAUUUUAGUGAUUAUCGACAACUUCACUAAGUUUGCCCAAGCCUACCCAACCCGUAACAAAUCAGGCAAAACAGCAGCAGAAAAAAUCUUUAAUGAUUUUUCUCUCAAAUUCGGCUUCCCUGCUAAAAUACAUCAUGAUCAAGGUAAAGAAUUUGAGAACCAGUUAUUCAGACGACUGCAGAAAUACACUGGAAUGAACAACUCGAAGACGACUCCUUAUCAUCCACAAGGGAACCCAGCUGAAAGAUUUAAUCGCACCUUGUUAUCAAUGCUGCGGACUUUGGAUGAGGAGAAAAAGGGAAACUGGAGUGACUAUGUGAGUAAAGUUGCACAUGCUUACAACUGCACAACCAGUGAGGCAACAGGAUAUUCUCCUUUCUAUUUGCUUUUUGGUAGAAAUCCCCGUUUGCCAAUUGAUCUGAUCUUUGGAAUAAAUGGGGAGAAAGGAUGUAAUUCACACCAGGAAUAUGCUCAAAAAUGGCAGCAGCAAAUGAAAGAAGCAUAUGACAUUGUGUCCAAAACCAUCAAAAAGACUACAGCAAGAGGAAAAAUGUAUUAUGACCAAAAGAGACAAAGUUCAGUACUUUCCCCAGGUGACAGGGUCCUUGUUCGGAACAUGUCAGAGCGCGGGGGACCAGGAAAAUUGCGCUCAUACUGGGAGGACCAAAUACACAUUGUGGUUUCACAAAAGGGGAAAGACAGCCCAGUCUAUGAGGUGAAACCUGAACGUGGCACAGGGAGGGGCAGAAUUCUCCAUCGCAACAUGUUGAUGCCAUGUAACGCGUUGCCACUUAAAGAACCAGCUCAAAGCUUGAUUGGGGGACAAAAGCCUCAGAUUCAACAAAGAAAGAGACUAAAGGAGAAUAAAUCAAGUAAAACAUUGGAGGAUUCAGAGAGCUCUGAUGUAGAGGAAUGCUAUUGGGCUUGUAGACUGAGGCACCAUUCACUACCAGCCUGAAGAGCAAAAUGUUGCACCUCCCAUUACUCC